AUGGAGGGGGGGGAGAGUGGCCCGGCCCACAUGGGCCCCGCAAAUGGGACGCAGGAACUUCCGGAAACGCAGGGAGCGAUUGCGCCGACUGUUGCGGUUCCCCCGCAGAGUGCUCAGGUGCUCACCCCGCAACACCAGCAAAUCGUAGACGCGCUAUAUGACACGUGGUCGAACGACCAGGAGCGUAGAAAGGAGUCCGAGCGAAUACUGAGCGAAUGCGAAAAGGAAGAGCACUUCAUUCUAUACCUUCUAGACAUUUGCUGCCUCACAGAGGUGCACAACAACGUGCGGAAGCUGGCCAUCAUAUACUCCAAAAAUUUGGUGAGUCGUUUCUGGAACUGUAAGGACCUCUUCCAUUUUAGUAACGAUAUAAAGAAAAUGGUGAAGGAGAAAAUUCUGACCAUCCUGGCCAACCGGAGCACCGUGAGUUAUUACUACAAGGAGUUUUCCAUCCUUCUGAGGAAGGUGGCCAGAUACGAAUUGGUGAAUAAUUUCCCCCAGCUGCUACAGUUCUUCGUUCAGGAAUUGAGUGCGUUUGGGGGUGGGGACAACCCGAACAGCUUCGGUAGCCCCGGUACCCUCGACUUCCGCUACACCAUGGACGGCCUUUGCAGCCUAUACAUCUACAUGUAUCUCCUGUACAAGGUGCUUCGGGAGCAGUACAGCAAGAAGCUGCUAAAAGACAAGAAGGAAACUUUCCAUAUUUCGCAGAAGUUUAUCGACUGCCUUUACCCCAUCUGGGAAAACAAUCUGAAUAUGCACUUUCAGCGCAAUCUGAACGAAGCGUGUAUGUGUGGCAGUGAAGGCACGUGCAACAAGUGCUUUGGGGAGUACAGCGUUGUGAUGGAGCUUGAGGCGAAGCUGACAUUCUCACCAGGUGUAAGUUCCGCUGAAUGUGUGCCCGUCCAGGGGAGGAGGAACAGCAGUAGUGUUGACGGGGGCGAGUCCAGCGAUGUGCAUUACGCGGGGGAACCAUCAGCUGGGGGGAGUGACGCCUACUGUUGCCACUUUAACGCAGAGAGCGACAAAAAGGUGAAGAUCCUCAAGUUCAUGGACAGCAUUCUGCUGAAUUUAAUUAUCAGUAGGGACGACGUUCAGAGGGAACAUGGGAGAAUCUGCCCAGGGGGGGAGGGUCGCCUAGAGGGUGGUCACUCUGAACAGCGUGGCCAAUCCCAGCAGGAUGACCACUCCCAAACGGAUGGCGAGUGCGCCCUGCGAAAGAAGCCCUUCCUGGAUUGCCUGGCCAACAAAACUAUAUUCUACCUCAAAUUCGUGCGCAAGGAUUCCCCGCUAUACUACCUAAAGUACUUGAAGUUCCUGCUGAGUAGCUUCCUCCACAUUAUUGAAUUUCAGAGUGCCUUACAUGAGUAUAUAAAAAAAGACACCACGGAGCAGUUUAUCUGCCUGUUCUUGAAGAAGCAUCUGAGUAAAGAUCUAUACAUAAACAGUGACUGCUAUGAAAGCAAAUUUGUAGACAUCAUUAACAUAUGCAUUGGCAUCCUGAAGAGUCUCUUCUACCACUUCUGCUUAAGUCAGUACAACAUGAUAAAGCAAAAGAAGGUCCGAGAAAAUUACCUAACGGUAAAAAGUAUGAUUAGCAAUCAGAGUACCUUCAACGAAAACUAUACUGAAAAAACAGACCUGCAGACAAAAAUUAUUAACACCCUAGUGGUGAACAUUAACAAUCUGGAGAAUGAAAACAAAAAAGGGAGGGUAAAUAAAAACUACACCUUUAGGGAUAUACUGACAUAUAUAAGGGAGGAGGUGAAGUACGCACUGACUAGCGAUGACUAUAUUUUAAUGCACAAUCAGAAGGCCCUGGAGAUAUUUGAGUUCUUGAGGACGCACUGCAUUAACAUGUCCGCUGAGCAAAUCAUGGAUAUUAUGCUGAAUGUUAAGGAUAAAGAUGGACAUGAAGUGGAAGAAAAUAUCUUCUACUCAUCUGCAAGAGAAUGCAUUAUCGAAAUAGCAUCCGAGCCUUUUCUCUUCUCAAUCUUUAGUCACUUCUUCGAACCCUUAAUUAACUCCCUACAUAAUUAUGUUCACAUGAUUAAGUCCGUUCCGGACAACUUGAAGGACCUACAGGUUCCAGAAUUUUCUGAAUCAAUUAUUGAGCUGGAUGGAUACUUAAAUAUUUACUACGUGUUGUAUUCAUCUUUACAUAAGAAGAUAAAAGCGGAGCAUAUCCUUUGCAUGAUUCAGUUUUUCACCGAUUACUUGUCCAUUGAGUUCACCCACCCCUUGGUCAGUUACCGCAUUGCUUUAAUAUUAAAAGUGUGGAUUAAGAAUUACAAGGCUUCCUUUCCCUUCAUUGAUGAAGUGGCUGUGCUCAUUUUUGAGAACAUCCGCUUGUUGUGCAUGCACUUGUCUCCCAAGUGUGUCGUGGGUUCUCUGCUUCGGACCCAGCCCUCAUCAGGUGGCUUGGGCAAGAGGGACGCUCCCCCGGAAAACCACUACGCCGCCAUGUCAGCCAAUUUCCUCCCUCUCGUCUUCUUCAAAUUUGUCUGUUUGUUCAACUACAUAUUUAAGUAUGAGUAUGUUUACGAGAACUACGACUUUAUUAACGAGAUUCUGGUGGGCCCCCUUAUAAGUCUCCUCACACAGAUCGCCUACCCAAAGAGCAUCCAGAAGAUCCUGCAGAUCCUCAGCCAUAUCGUCUUCAUCAGCAACAAGGAAAAGGACAUAACAAUUUUCAAGGACAACUACAACUUUCUGCUAGAUCUCUAUAAGACCAGCAACCUCUCCAUCAAGGAGUACAUGCUGAACAUCCUCGUGCAGAUACUGAACAAGAAUUACGAGUUUGGCUCUGGCCUGGUGGAGUUCACCCCCCAAGGAGGGCGACGCCAGGAUGUAAAUACCAACUCUGCCUCCAUAAACACCCGCGGUGAUGGCAACCACAACCAGAGUUAUUACGCCCCACAGGGUGGGUCAUCCCCCCACGGAGGUGUACCCAACAAAGGGGGCGAUGAUUAUGUACUUUUCUACUUCAGCUUUGACGUAAUAGAAUAUACCAUACUGGGGAGGAAAACCACUGAGCAGUUUUCACCCCCAGGUGAAGGUAGACAGUAUGCACUGAAUCCCCGCGCCCUCCUCCCGUGCGGAGGAGACAAUGAAGUAAAUUUAUAUGUAGACCAAACCAUUAGCGACAGUUUCUACACACUGUGGUUGUGUAAUCUGAAGAUCAUUUCUAAAUUAUUCUCCGCAAAAAAUGAGGAGAUAAUCAAGAGGGUGUGUUCCUUGUAUGUGCGGACGGUCCACGUGAUAAGCGAGCACUUUAAGAGGAAAGUCUCAAGAGAAACGACGCACGAAAUGAGUAGCUCAUGUUUUGAUGUCCUCAUGGAAUACAUGUGUCUGUUCAUCCUUCACGAGACGCACACUUUUUACUUGACGUACGAAUCUGCCUCAACCAACGUGCUGACUAACGAAAUCUUGAAACCCCAAUUGCUAGCAAUUGUUAGAAAUAACUUUACCCUGGAUGAUGAUGGGAACACGGAGAGAUGCAUCUACGUUCUGCACGUCUGCAUGGGUUUGUAUAAAAAUAGACUGAAGGACGACAUGCCCAUUCUUUACAACUAUGUGACAAACUUUGUGAUCAUAUACUUACUGAAGGUGGUGUUGAAGUACAUGGGGAAGUUCUUCCCUCUGUAUACGUGCUUUGAAGGGUCACCCAAGGGGGGUAAAAGCAGCGAGAAGGAAAGCGAAAAGGAAAGUGAAAAGGGUAGCACAGGGCAUCUACAGGGGGACAGACACGCAGAGCUACUUUCGCAAACGGAGGGACACGUACCGAAGACGGACAAGGAAGAUGCAACCCACCACAAGUUCAUGACGCACAAUGAAAGGCAAACGAAAUACAUAUACGACAAUGUGCUGUCUUAUCAACGUGAAGAAAGUUUCGAUACCCACUUUGGCCUGCUCCAAAAUGAUCUGAAGCAGCUUCUAGGGAUGGAAUACCUAAAGGACUACGACCUCGGAGCGGCCUUCAAAAAUUAUAACUUCUACACAGUCAACGAGGAUAAUUACACCUAUGUGAACAAGCACACGGUGCUUACACUGAUAGCUAUUUUGUCACUGGAUGAAUCUUAUCUACUCCAUUAUAUUUUAAUUUGUUUCCUAGUGUACUUUCGAAUUAAUGUACCUCUGUUCCUGUCCUCCAUCUUUUGUCAAGCCCAGUACAUACACAACAAGAGCGUCAUGAUGGCACUCCUGCUGUUCAUUUAUGUACUCACGGAAAAUUAUCUUUUUCGUGACUUUGUGCCUUCCCUGGUCAGAUCCCACUUACGAACCACCUGCAGUAGUAGCACCCCCUACCUGGAAGAACUCCUCAACGACAAGAACAAAUCCUCUGACCUGUUCACCUGCACACGGGAGGACUACACAUUUCUCAUCAUACAGCUGCUUAAGCUGAUUAAUACGAUACUGAACACGAGCAGGGACAUCUACAUUGAGAAGAAGAACAUCCUCCACCUGAACACCGUUUCGUCCAACUUGAGCGCAACGAAAAUGUACCACUCCGCUGGAUACAACUGCGUCAUGCGUGGAGUACUAAAGUACGACGACCUCCCGGGCGUGUGCAACAAAACCCUCGAUAACGUCCUGACCUUCCUGUUGGACGUGAAGGAUCAGGACGACCGAAACGAGACAAGCGGCAUUGUUAACUACUUGCGGGAAAACGUCGAGGGCAUGAACGUCGCCCUCGUCGACAUGUACAAGAAGUACUUGGGUUAUCAAUAG